CACCGUUCACAUCUGCUUCACGUUCUCUAUGUAUUCGUACUCACAGUCCCUUUCUCUCGAUUUGGAAGGAACAUUGGCUCGCCGUUCUCAUACGAGAGCCAUCAGACCAACAACCUAUCGACAAUCAAUCCUCAGGUGAAGGCCACAAAAUCACGUCCAAGCGCGUCGCAGUCGAUCUCUGCAGUGAAACGUCGUACGAUAGCCGCUUCUUUGUUUGUUUCCCACCCCAGCCCGCGCCGCACUUGUCUCAGAUACCGGUUUGCUCUCAACGCACCUUCCUUCUCUGCACCCCACCACCAACUUCCUCCUCUCCAGCAACAAACCCCCUCAAGCACACACACCACCCACCUCCAACCUCACCACCACCAUGACGAUCCUCAGCCUCCUGCACGCCCUCA